UUGGAUCUGGAGACCACCUAUGAGAACUUUCACCCCUCCCAGCAGUCUCUGACCAACGUCAUCAGCCACUUCAUCAGUGGCGAGCGUCCGCAAGGCAUCCAGGAGACCGAAGAAAUGCUGCGUCUGGGUGCCAGCAUGACGGGCGUAGGGGAGCUGGUGCUGGACAACAACCUGGUUCGUCUUCAACCCCCUAAACAGGGCCUGCGGUACUUCCUAAGCUGCCUGGACUACGACACGCUCCUGAGUAAGCAAGAGGGUCACCUG